AUGGCAACUACUCUUGAACGUUUUGGUUUGAAAAUCGCUGUUGGUCUCACUGCACUUGUUCCACUUAGUAAUGGUCUAUCAGGGAUUAUUAAAGGCCCUGCGAUGCUCGAAAAAGCUAUUCGUUGUACUAUUCCGUUGGAUAGCCAUUUUCGCUACUUGUCAGGCCUCCCUCUUGCCAUGGCAAUACUAUUAUUACGCAGCUUGCCUAAUAUUGAACAUGAUGGUCGUGAUUUACGUCGUGUUACACUACUUAUAUUUAUCGGUGGACUAGGACGUUUAUGGGGUUUAAUCACGGUAGGCUAUAAUACAAAUACAGUGUUGGUCACACUAUCCGAAUUAUUUGUACUACCGCUCGUAUGUGUCUAUCAAAGUCGAAUACAAAAAAAGGUUUCGUCUUCACGUAAACAACUUUAA